ACCAUUUUAUUGCAGCUGUUCUUGUGCAUCCGUGCAUUACACACACAUGGCUUUAAAGGAACAAUUGGCUCAGUGGUCUAAAGCAUUGGACUAUUGGGACACUAAUGACUUUUUUGGUGCUUACGAGCAGUUUGUGAGCUUUGCUGAUUUUGCCAAGAUUCACUAUAAUGUCGGCAUGUGUGCCAUGCGCACCAACAACCUAGAUGAAGCAAUUGCUGCAUUUAGCAGGGCAAUCACUCUAGAUGAAUAUCUGUCUGUAGCAUAUAUGCAAAUUGGUAUCUGUCAAUACCACAUGGGUGAAUUUGACGAAGCCCUUGCUAAUUUCGAAGAGUCUUUUAAAAUGCUCCGAGGAAACUUUUUUAUUGACUAUACCCAACUUGGAAUGGAAUUUCAGGUGUUUGCCUGCCAUGCCAUCUUUAACAUUGCACUAUGUCAUCUACAGCGCGGGGACACAGAGCGUGGUGUGCGGUAUAUAUCAGAAGCCAUCAAAGCGGUACCUGUUGACUCUGACUUUGUUCCAGAUAUAGCAGACAUUGAAGAGGCAGAAAGAUUGGGUGAGAAUGCAGCGGAUACCAUUAUGCCGUAUGAAGUGCCUCCAAACUUGGUGUUUCGGCCACAGGAAGAUAAUUUGAGAAAUGCUGAGCGUGUCGAUUAUCUUGGACAAUCCAAGGUAGUUGCUAGCGUGAAUGCUACAGACAAUUACACUGGAUUUUCUGGAAAACUCACACGAGAUUUAACCCUUCUUAGUCGGUCCAAAAAAAAGGAUGCCAACUCUGGUGCAGCCAAAGAAGCAGCACUAAAGUCACCCGCAUCAUUUUCUGCAGCUCAAACCACUAUUGCUCAAUCUAAUACGAUUCGUGUAAAUCGUAAACCUUCAGUCACAAGUAUAUCCCGAGAGCCCAUCCAAGAAGGCUAUGAGCAGACAAUCACAAUGAGCCGAUCAAAUUCAGCAACAACCAGUCGAAAAUAUAUACCACGACGACUGUCAUCCAACAACAUAUCUGCCAACACAAUACCUGGUGCUUCGCGAGUACCUGGUACACUUUCACGAGCACCAUCGGCCCCACUAUCACGCGAAGGCUCAGGAUCAGGACAACAACUAGAAUUCCCAUUGCGUACAUUGAGAUCGGCAGGUGGAAGUUCUCGUAUGGGUCUAGGAGAUACUCAAAACAAUGUGGAUACUGCAGCUGAACGUCUCAACAGUCUCACCAUCAAUAACAAUGAUCUUCCAGCUUCUCCAGCAAUCAAGCUAACUACUUCAAAUCGAAGCAACGUAUCGACAGAUUCCAUCAAAGUCAAAUGCCACUAUAUCGAAUCUAGGUUUAUUGUUGUUCCUAUAAACAUUUCGUUUCGAGACCUACGUGAACGAGUAUCAGCAAAGUUUGGCGUGCAAGGUUUACUAAGCUUAAAAUAUAAAGACGAGGAAGAAUUCAUGACCAUGAUGGUGAAUGAUGAUGACUUGGAUGAAGCAGUGGCAGUAUCUGCUCAGGGACGAUUGGAACUAUGGUGCUUUUUGUUGGAUCCUCCAAAGUAAUUUUUUGGUUGUAUAUUCGAUAGUUGCAGUUUUGGCUUGAGAAAUGAAAUAGGUAUCGGCUCAACCAUUUAAGCAAACAUACCAUAAUUUACUGUCGUACUCACGUAAAUGAAAUAUCUCAUCUUUCAA